CGUCCUUCAGUCCCCGUGGUUGAUCUAAUUCUGUCAGAGCGGGUGGGCGGGGGGCCAGGCUCCUCUAUCUACAACCCUCACUCUAACCUGGCAAAAGGCAAGACAGUGACCACCUUAACUUGGUCUCUGUCUGUCUCCCCAGCCUCGUCCACUGGGACGGAAUUCAACUCUCUGGACCGACUCGCAAACAUUUGGACCCCUGAAAAGUUUUUGACUUCUGGAACACGAAGGGAAAAUGCAGAUUUAAGUAAUGGCAAUGGAAAAAGGGGUGUAGUGUUACCAGCAGUGGCCAAAGGGUUCCAGUUUUCACAUAUCUUCAGCACCAGUCAUUCACAGGAAGUUGCUAGACUGGAAUUAAACACUGGGAUUAAAUCGCGCGGAGGAGUUGAGGAUCUGCCAUAAAUAUUUCUUUUCAUGGCAACAUAAUCUGUUCAAGGGAUUUACUGUGGAAUAGAACUUUUAUUUUGAAACUAUGACUGAAGCAGUUGAAGCGCGGUCGUCGACCACCACCACCACCAUGGUCAUCGACAGUAAGGGUGGCGACGCCGGCUCACCGCCUGUGCGAGGGUCCAAGAAAACUUUUACAGAUGACCUCCGCUCUACCUUCAGCUCUCCACUGGCCUGGAUCUUGGUUUUGGCUCUCAUCAUUACAUGGUCUUGUGUUUUUGUCAUCAUGUUUGAUGUGAUGGACUACAAGACCAUUUCAGGUCGUCCACCUCCUGCUGUCAGGAAGGUUUUAAAGGAAUCAGGUCGUGGAGGAGGCCUCAGCAAGAUUGGCUCAGACCCCAUGAAGGUGGUAAACGAAGCCAUGGACAAAUCAACAAAUGUCUUCAGUGUAAUGUUGAAAUUUGCUGCCAACCUGAUUGCUCCUGAAGAAGAUGAAGGAAAUCUAUACGCAGUGAGAAAAAAAGGUGAAUUUCUUCCAUCCCGGAGUAAAGUUAUAGAGAUGCAAGCAAAGACAAAACCACCUGCGAUUGAAGUCGUGGAGGAGGAAGAAGAGGUGGGAGAGGAGGAAGGAGAAGUGGCAGACGGAGUGGAGGACGCUGGGGAGGAGAAGGAGGAGGAGGAGGAAGAGGAGGAGGAGUAUUAUGAGGAGGAAGAGGAGUAUUAUGAGGAGGAAGAGGAGUAUUAUGAGGAGGAAGAGUAUGAAGAGUAUUAUGAGGAGGAAGAAGAAUAUGAGGAGGAGGAGGAGGAGGAGGAGGAGGAGGAGGAGGAGGAGGGAGUAGAAGCUGAAGAGGAAGAGGAGGAGGAAGGAGCAGAAGUUGAGGAAGAGGAGGAGGGGGAGGAAGGAGCAGAAUUUGAGGAAGAGGAGGAGGGGGAGGAGGAGGAGGAAGGAGCAGAAGCUGUGGAUUUGGAGGAGGAGGAGGAGGGGGAGGAGGAGGAAGGAGCAGAAGCUGUGGAUGAGGAGGAGGAGGAGGAGGAGGAAGGAGCAGAAGCUGUGGAUGAGGAGGAGGAGGAGGAGGAGGAGGAAGGAGCAGAAAAGGAAGAUGAGGAGGAGGAAGAGGAAAAGGCAGAAGGAGCACAAGAAGAGGAGGAGGAAGAAGAAGUGGAAGGAGAGGUGAAGGAGGAGGAGAAGGAAGAGGAAGAAGGGCCAAUAGAGGAAAAGGAAGAGGGAGUUGAAGCAGCUGCUGAUGAAGAGGAGGAUGAGGUGAAGGCAGAGGAGGAAGAGCAAGAGGAGGUGGAGAUAGCUGCUGAGGUAAAGCAAGAUGAGGAUGAAGAUGAGGAGCAUAAGAAGGAACCUGAAGCAGCUGCAGCUGACAUUGAUGAAGACGGUGACGAAGAUGAAAUCAAAGAGGCCGAAGAAAAGGCUGACAAAGACGAUGAUGAGGAGGAGGGAGAAGAAGAGAAGGCAGAUGCUGCUGAUGAAGAUGAUGAAGUUUCUCCUGAACCCAUCUCCACUUCUGAGGAUGAAGAGUCGGCUGUGUCUCCCGAUUCUGAUUCUGACGCACCCGUUGACGACAAAGACAGUGACGAAGACGGAACGCUGUCUGAUGAAGAUGAACAUGACGAUGACGACACCAGUGACGACCUGUUCACUGACACCUCAGAUGUCAGUGAAUCUGCACUUCUUUCCAGUGAGGAGGAGGAAGAGGUGGAUGAUAAUGACGACGAUGAAGAUGACAAGUUAGCUGAGGGUGUCACAACAUCUGAUAGCGAUGACGUCAUUGCGGAAGACACCGGGGACGACCUGGAGCUUGAGCUCUCUCCUAUUCCUGCUGCUAGUGAGGAUGAUGAAGAUGAUGAACUUGACGAUCAGAAACUCAGUGAAGAGGAAUAUCUUCCUCCCUUACCCGUUGUCAAAGAUGAUGAACACCUGGAAGAAGACGUCAAAGUUGCUGAAGACACUGAUGAGGAUGAGGAUGAGGAUCUGGACCAAUCAGACGAGGACAUAUCCGUUGCCUCGUCUGAGCACUUUGCAGAUGAUGAAGAUGAUGACAGUGACCUCAAAGAUGAGGACCUCGACUUUGACCUUGACAAAGACGUUCACGUUGACCUGGACGAUGCUAAAGAAGAUGAUGAUCAUGAUAAAAUUGAGGAUGUCAUUGAAGGGGACAUCCACGAUGAUGAUGAUGAUGAUAAAGAGGAGGAGGAGGAGGAGGAGGAAGUCGAUGUCCCUCCCCUCGAGAGUACAGACAGCGGACUCUUAGGUGAUGAAGAUGAUGAUGACCACAUUGCUCUUAAAACAGAUGAAGAAUCUGUCUUCAGUGAUGACAGCUCCUACGACACAACCGAUGACGAUACAGAUGACGAAGACGUCGAUACCAGCUCACCUGAAGAAAAAGAGUUCACUGAAACAUUUGUUGACACUGAAAAAGAUGAAGAACGGACAGAGUCCUUCGCCAGAGAAGAUGAAGAAAAAGACGACAAUGAUGAUGAUGAUGAUGUUGAAGAGGUCUUGCUAGCAGCUACCACUGCAGCAGCGUUCGCCGUCCAGGAGGAGACAGUGAAGGCUGAGGCUGAUGAGGAUGAGGAGGAGGAGGAGGAGGAGGACGACAUCAAACAGGCUGCUGAUGAAGAAAAGACUGAGGAGGAGGAUGAAACAGAAAUUGCUAUCAAUCAGCCUGCUGCUCUUCAGGAGGAAGAUGAGGGAGAAGAUAAAUAUCAGACAGCUGAGCUAAAGAAAACUGUAGACGAACCCGAAGACAAAAAAGAGGAGUUCGAUGAAGAUGACGAUGAGGAGGAGGCCACGGUGGAUGUAAUCAAACCUGUGCCUGCACCUGAGGAAGAAGCAGAAAAGACUGAACCCACAGUGUGUCCCUGUAUGCACUCUGCAAAGGCCAAAGAGUCUGUAGCCAAGACUACAGUCAAAAAAGAAGCUCCCAGGAGGGUUUCAGCUGUGAGAAGGAGAAAAGAUCGUGAAGCUGUAAAGACAGAUGAAAAGCCAAAGAGGAAAGGUCUACCCAGAUUUGCAGGUCUGGGGCCACAAAUCAGGAGGAUCAGAAGAACUCCUAUUAUUCUCGAAGCCAAGAAAAUGGAAAAGACCAAGACUUCCAAAACAGAGACCAAAAAACAAGAAGCAGUCUCAGAAUCUGGACAAGAAGUUGGCCCUUGCAGACCUGCACCGGUCUACUGCCCAUCUCCACCUGGCUGGUACGUUCAUCACAUCGUCACAGACAACCCGUACCCUCCUCCCACCAUGUCAGCUCCAUCUGCUCCUGUUCUGACUGCUCACCCAGUCCAACCCGGAGCUCCACCACUGCAGCCUCUUUACCAGCAACCUCCACCUCCGCCGAUGCAGCCUUUCUAUGAGCAAUACCAACCACAUCCACAGCCAAUGCAGCCUGUGAUGCAGCCUCAACCAGAACCAGUACAGCCAGUACCACCAGUGGAACCAGUACAGCCAGAAGCCACAGAACAAGAAGCUCCUGUUAAGCCUGAGAUCCAGAGUCCAGCUGCUGAAGCUAAGCCUGCUGUAACUCCAGUCCAGGAACCAGAGACUGUUGAGGAAGAAGAGAAAGCUGCUCCCACCAAGAAAGCUGCAAAGAAAAAAAUCAAGGCGGCUGAUUCAGAAAAAGAGCCAGCAGCCGGCAAAGAGAAAACAAAAAAAGUUCUAGAUGCUGCUGUUUCUAAAGACAAAACCAAAGCUGGUGCUGCAAAGAAAGAACCAACAGCAAGAAAAGAGAAAACCAAAAGUCCUGCAGCGGCUAAGAAAGAGCCAGCUGUAAAAGGGAAAACCAAAACUGCUGCAGCUGAUAAGAAAGAGCCUGCAGCUGUACGGCAGAAGAGGAAAUCAACCUCUCAAAAGAUAGUAUCACCUGUCAGGAGCAAAUCUAAAGCAUCUACAGCAAGGAAAGAUCCAGAUUCAGAACCACGUCCUCAGCCGAUCAGACUGAGAACGAGACUAGAAGCUGUGAAGAGGGCGAAUGUAACCUCUCAGGCAAAGGAGGAGAAACCUGCCAGAUCUUCGUCUGAACCAGCCAAGGCGAGAUCAAAAUUAUUGGCAGAAAAGAAAAACAAAGCAGAGAAGGCUGAAAAGAAAUCUGUCAAAGACGCUAAAGAAGAGCCUCUUGCUGAUGACAAUACUACAGAAAAGAAGAAACCAGGCCAAAGAUACUUCCAGUGCAUUUAUGUCCCUGGUAAAAAUGCACAGUACCCCUUGCGACCUUUUACCCCAGCCAUGUCCCCCACCAUGAUCUCUCCUGCACUCAGGUCCAUGUUGGAGCAGCAGAGAGCAGCGAGGGCGUCGGGGCAAUAGGACAACCUGAACUCUCGCCUCAUGUUUAAUAGCACUGCAUCUCCCAGUCCAGCAGGGGGAGAUAUUUUAAAUCUGUGAAAUCCUUAAAUUCUGAGGAAAACCACAGACAAACAGUCAAGAACAGAACUAUUUUGUCUUUAAUUUAUUUAUGUUUUUUUUUUAUUGUCUGUGUGGUUGAGCUCCUGGGGUUUCUGUUGAUUUUUUUUGCAUUUUCGUCUCAGUUGAUGCUUCGUCGUGUUUUACUUCACUAGUUGUCACUGCCAGGCCUUGCUUAAGUCUUGUGUCUUAUAAUGUAGUAUAAAAUCACAAACACCCAAACAUGAAGCAAUCAUGUGAAUAUUUUUUUAAGUUAGUAUAAUGUACAUAAUGCCUAUAUCUAUAAUUUAAGCUGAAAGAUACAUACACACUGUUGGCAUGAUGUUUUUCGGUUUACUUUUGCAGUCCAGUUUAAUAUAUACUUUCUGUUUAAUUUAACAUUUAUACUUUAGUAUAAGUGAACAACAUUAUUUUUUAGGUUUAAAAGAUAUGUCUUUUCAGCUGCACAUCAUAUGUGGAAAAGGAAAAAGAGUGUGAUAAUCACAAAAACUCCAAAAACUCCAGACACUAUUUUAAUUUAAAUGUUAAUGAUGAAUUGAACUUGUAUUGGAUUUGAAUAGGAUUAAAUACUACUUGAAAAGGCACGUUGCAUAUUUUAUCUAUUUUUUUGUUUAUUUUUUUACAAUAACACCUAUACAUAUCGGUCCAGAGAAUUACAUUUCAUGAACUGUAACUCAACCACUGAUUUAAAGCACCAGUAUCCUGCGUACCGUGACAAGACCAGUUAGCAACGCGUUAGCAUGCAAAUGUCAAAUCCCAGGAGCUCCCACAGUUGAUCCAAGCAGCCUCCCUGUCUCUGCUCAUGAGUGUGAGCGUCCAUUGGUCUCAUCAACAUGUUAAAUGUUGUUGAGAGAUGAAUUAUGACAUUAUCUUCUUAGAUGACCUAAUAUCAGGCAGGAGUAAAGCUUGAGCUUGUCUCAGCCUUAUUUGCUUGAAACUGCAGUACAUACUACAGUAUGUACCUCACCUUAACAUGCUUCGUUUAAAUUAAAGGCACUUCAGUUUACUUAGUUUAAACUGAUACUUUGACAUGUUAAAUGGAAUUGUUGGGUGUUUUUCAUUUCCAGACACAAGUUUUGUGUGUUUUAAUGUCUGUCUUUAGAAUAAGUUGCUAAAUUAACUUGAAGUUUAAGUUUUCCGUAUAUGGUCCCCUCAUCUGAUAUUAAUAAUCAUUCAAUACUUGAAUACUGUUGUUUUUUUGAUUGGCCUUUUGUUUCUUUUUCCUUUGCUAAUCUUUAAACCUCAAAUGUUCUUGAUGAUGUGUCAGCUUUAUGAAUGAAGUGCAGUCCAUUGAAUCAAUGGAGCACAUGUCAUAUUGCUGCAUAUUUGAUCACGUAGGAUCUCAAACUGUCUUAGACACAAAUAGCCUACCAGUUAUUUUGAUUUAGCAUGCUCAGAGACAGGGAGUCUGUACAUGACUUUGAUGUGACCAACUAAUGAGACACUGUGAUGUCUACUACAGUGGAUAAAUGUCAUUUGUUUCAUGUUAAUCAUCAGCUUCUUUACUAAGUCUGAUACAUUGUCAUAUUUUCAGUUACCUCACUCGCUCUGGUUUUGUACUUUACCAACAAGGCUCACUUGUUGUUGCUGCAAAACUGUUGCUGAGCAUAAACGGCAAUUUGCUGUUGUCUUACUGAAUGAAAACCUCAACAGAAAAGAACCAAAGGGGGUUUUCACACUAGGAUAAAUCCUGUGAUAAGUCCCACAUUAAUACAAGGCCUACUGUAGUGUUCGCCCUCAGCUAACAGUUUAUUCACACUUAAAGGUCCUGAUAAUCCACGAGGUGUCCUGAUAUAAUUCCUCCAUGUUGAUGAAGUUCAGUUUCACCUGUGAGUGACAUGGUGACAUAUCAUAAGGCACUCAUAACUUGUGGACUGACUUUGAGCAGUUAUUUAACUGCAGGCUGAUGUUUGAGGUGUGGCAAUAAUGUAGGGCUACCGUACCUUUAGCCUACGGCUUACUGAUACUCAUUGUGUUGCAGGUCUGUCCACAACUUUUCAGGGUUAUCCCCAAAAAGUCUUAAGGUGUGUUCAGACUGAACCCAAAGCUAAUGUCAGAGGUGAUGCAAAUGCAUACAAAGUCAAUGGAAAAAUGUGAGUGGAUAUGGAAAGAUGAAGAUUCAAUCUAGGUAAAGCAAACUAAGGUGAAUACGCAUCUGAAAAUGCUUCCACUCCAAACUUAUCCUGCAGCUGCAGAGACAAGAGGAAAUUAAGAGCAACUUGGGAAAAAAAUAACAGAGAACUUGAGUUCCUGUUGAGUUUUAAUUGGCAUGAGUCCGAGUCUGAGCUUAUUGCUAUCAAGCUAAUAGCACCAGCUAACCCCUGCAGAGUUUGUUAAUUGUACAAUAAAACGAGGCAAAAUUGCUUUAUGUUCACUCUGAAUGCACCUUUAAGAUCACUGGUGUGAAUCUGAGUUAGAACCAAAGCAAUGGGAUGUCCAAUUACAUCUCUGCUAGUUGUUUGCUAUUAGCAUACUGAACACGUUAACUAAGGGCUCUGAUGUUUGAGUGUGAAUAUUUAACCUGAGGCUUGAUGUAAACUCUGGAUUAAUAAGUCCAAGUGUGAAAUGAGGUUAAGCUAGCCCUGAGCUUUCUGUCGGUCUGCUGGGUUAAUGUCAACAGGCCCAGGCAGAAAUGUUGUUAAGAGUCCUCAUGUUUCUUGGCCAAAUGAGUUCUGCCAACCAUUUACAGUGGCAAACUACUGAGUGUGUGUGGUUGUUGGAGUGGCAUUUGAAAGACACCUGGCGUCUGUUUACUUCAGGUGUUGUUAUUCAUAGAUGAAUAAUUUUUAUAAUGAAUUCCAGUGGGGAGAUGCAGCAGCAGGUUGGUGCUCUGUGAUGUCUGGAGGUCCUAAAAUGUCAGCUGCUCUGCAGCUGUGUGAUAUUAACAGACAGUAAUUACAACAUACAGCAGCAGUUUUGUGCUGUAAUUAUGUUUUUAAAUCUUAACUAAUCUAAUCUAAUCUCAAGACUAUAUACAACAGGUUUCAUAGCUUUCAUUAGUAUUGGCGUGAACCUUAAAAGUGGAAUACUGGAUUUGCCCUUUACUAUAAAUCUGUGAAUACAUGUUCUAAAUAUAGGUGCAGAAAUUUGUACAUUGCUGUUAUGAGCAAGGCAAUUUCCCCCCUGCAUGUUGUCAUCUGCUGCAGUUUGGAAAGGGUACAGUGUGUGCUCUUAUCAAUAUGUUUGAUUUUAGUUUUUCAAUAGUUGCUGAACAAGUUACACAGAGACCAUGUUUUAUUUAGAAAACAUUUUGGACUGGGUUUCCCAUAUUUGUUUAUCAGUGACUUAGUAUAUUUUCAUAAUUUUAUGUAUUUUCACAGUCUAACGCUCUUAAAGUCAAUACUAGUUUUUACAAUUCUUCAGUACUCUCCACUUAAUCAACCUGACCACUUGCCAUUACAGGUUUUCUCUGGAGUUUUUGACCACUAGGAGUGCUGUAGAGCAAUAUUUCAAGGAAGACAUACAACACAAAUAAAAUUUAGCUUGAAACCUUUUGCUUGCUAUUAAGUCAAUGAAUCAAAGCUAAUAUUUUUGGACAUGCGUAACUUGUUACAUGGUUACUAGUCUAACUAGUAGGUUAACUGGGUUCUCUGAGAAGUGAGUGAGGUUUGAAAGAGAAAUACCCAGUUUCUAGCAUGGCUUGCCAGUCACAUUACCUUAUGUUAUAGAAAAGGUAUUUAUUUCCUUUUAAAUGACAGAGACGAGUAAUGCUCUGUAAUAUCCCUGAUUUCACAUGAUUCCCAUUAGAAGAAACACAGCAAUAAAAGAGGAGAAUACUGCAAGUUGAUGCAAAGAACACAGUUUUUAAAACAUUAAAACAUUAAAAUUAUUCAUUGAAAACUGUUCAAAGUAUCUUUAACAUACCAACUAAACCUAUAGCUAUAUUUAAUUUACUUUAACAUUAGCAUAAACAGAUAUCAAUCAGAUAUGACAUCUUUGCUAUUGUUCUUUGGAGCAUAUGGGUCGAUUAAGAAACGCGACCUGUUUAGAGCAAAAAUGUCACAGUGAAAUAUGAUCUAAUGAUUAAAUUGGAUUUGAGCAUUAAGUUUUGCAGUAGAAGGCAUCUAGUGAAGUUAAUUUGAGACCAACAUACUUGAUAGAGUGAUAGAAUAAUAUAAAACCCAAAUCAACUCAUAGUGCUUUUUUCAUUAAGACAUAUGGUGAAGACUAGCAGUGUAAAAAAAGGGAAACAAGCAGUAAAUGUUGGUAUCAUGCAGUAUAUGAUAUGGCUCUUGUUUAUAGCACAGUGUGACAAUGAUUUGCUGGUUUUCUUCCCUUCCCUAAGGAGGAGUCAGGCGAUUUUAAACCAGAUUCAUGCCAUGUGUGAACCCUGGAGGAAAAUGUAUUUUAGUUUCAUACCUGCUUCAGAGUAAAUGUUUUUAAAAAUACCUUUGUAAUGGGUUUCACUAAAGAGGUGUUACUAAAUGUCAUUUAAACUCUUCUGUUCACUUCAUAUUUGCUGAUGUUUAAUCACCAAAAACGGUGCCAUCAUGGGCUUGUUUUUGUGAAUGAAAUCUAAAGUAUUAGUCUGAAAGGUUUCAAGAUUUGAAUUCAGUCAGAGAUAUGAAGAUUGCAUUUUAAUUUCAGCACUAAGAACAGAUUUAUUGCCGUGGUGUUUUUGAAACAAUUUAUUUUACACUGAACAAAUACAGUUUGAGGUUGUUUGGUUUUUUCAGAAUGAUCAGUUAUUUUGUUAAUGAUUUCUUAUGCAGUUUGCAUGAUGGUGUAAUUUAAAGGAAGACAGCGUUACAUUUUUGAGCUGUGAGCUCAGUUGUAAUUCAGUUUCACACACAAACACCUCUCUGCAGUGUAAAAUACACAUUAGCCAACAGUCAGUCAGAUGCUGUAAAAAGACUGUAGAUAAUAGUUUAUUUUAUUUGUUGCACUGGAGACUGAUCACCUAAUUAGGUCUCACACUGAAAGAGAUAUAGAUUAAUUCACUGGUUUGCUCAGAAAAUUACAAGGGAUUUUUUUUUGUUCAGUAUCAUCAGACUGUCAUGUGGGUGAUCAUUUUAACUAAUUUUCAAAAACAGACAGUAUAAACUACCAGUUGCAUGUAUUAUAAAUCAGGGGUGUACGAUGUAGUCACAUGUUAAGCCUAGCAGCCAGACUAAAUCGCAGUUUUAAACAUUUCUGGAGCCAAUUAAAUGUCAUAAGAGGCAGUGUAGGCUGCUAAAAUGGCACUUAAGGGACUCUACUGAGGAUGUCUGCUGUGGUAAUAUGUAGAAUACAAUCACCAAAAUGAAUUUUGUGAGUCAUAAUUUCAAUAAAUACUUGCCGAAAUUUGUGAGGCUA